AAGAGCGAGGGCGGGCGGGCGGGAGGCGGCGGCGGCGGCGGCAGUAAUAGGAGCAGCAACAGAAGGCGUCGGAGCGGGCGUCGGAGCUGCCCGCUGGGGGAGAGAGAGAGAGAGAGGAGAGAGAAAGAGAGCGAGCGAGGAGAGGGAGCCCGAGGCGAAAAAGUAACUGUCAAAUGCGCGGCUCCUUUAACCGGAGCGCUCAGUCCGGCUCCGAGAGUCAUGGCGACCGCAGCGUCUAACCACUACAGCCUGCUCACCUCCAGCGCCUCCAUCGUGCACGCCGAGCCGCCCGGCGGCAUGCAGCAGGGCGCGGGGGGCUACCGCGAGGCGCAGAGCCUGGUGCAGGGCGACUACGGCGCGCUGCAGAGCAACGGGCACCCGCUCAGCCACGCUCACCAGUGGAUCACCGCGCUGUCCCACGGCGGCGGCGGCGGCGGCGGGGGCGGCGGCGGCGGCGGGGGCGGGGGCGGUGGCGGGGGCGGCGGCGACGGCUCCCCUUGGUCCACCAGCCCCCUGGGCCAGCCGGACAUCAAGCCCUCGGUGGUGGUGCAGCAGGGCGGCCGCGGCGAUGAGCUGCACGGGCCGGGCGCCCUGCAGCAGCAGCACCAGCAGCAGCAGCAGCAGCAACAGCAGCAGCAGCAGCAGCAGCAGCAGCAGCAGCAGCAGCAACAGCGGCCGCCGCAUCUGGUGCACCACGCCGCCAACCACCACCCGGGGCCCGGGGCAUGGCGGAGCGCGGCGGCCGCGGCGCACCUCCCGCCCUCCAUGGGCGCGUCCAACGGCGGCUUGCUCUACUCGCAGCCCAGCUUCACCGUCAACGGCAUGCUGGGCGCCGGCGGGCAGCCGGCCGGGCUGCACCACCAUGGCCUGCGGGACGCACACGACGAGCCGCACCACGCCGACCACCACCCGCACCCGCACUCGCACCCGCACCAGCAGCCGCCGCCGCCGCCGCCCCCGCAGGGCCCGCCGGGCCACCCGGGCGCGCACCACGACCCGCACUCGGACGAGGACACGCCGACCUCGGACGACCUGGAGCAGUUCGCCAAGCAGUUCAAGCAGCGGCGGAUCAAACUGGGAUUUACCCAAGCGGACGUGGGGCUGGCGCUGGGCACCCUGUACGGCAACGUGUUCUCGCAGACCACCAUCUGCAGGUUUGAGGCCCUGCAGCUGAGCUUCAAGAACAUGUGCAAGCUGAAGCCUUUGUUGAACAAGUGGUUGGAGGAAGCAGACUCGUCCUCGGGCAGCCCCACGAGCAUAGACAAGAUCGCAGCGCAGGGGCGCAAGCGGAAAAAGCGGACCUCCAUCGAGGUGAGCGUCAAGGGGGCUCUGGAGAGCCAUUUCCUCAAAUGCCCCAAGCCCUCGGCCCAGGAGAUCACCUCCCUCGCGGACAGCUUACAGCUGGAGAAGGAGGUGGUGAGAGUUUGGUUUUGUAACAGGAGACAGAAAGAGAAAAGGAUGACCCCUCCCGGAGGGACUCUGCCGGGCGCCGAGGAUGUGUACGGGGGGAGUAGGGACACGCCACCACACCACGGGGUGCAGACGCCCGUCCAGUGAACUCGCGCUGGGGGAGGAGCAGAGCGCGGGGCUCCCCCUCCCCUUCUGUCUGUGGCCCUUUCCAGGGGGGCCCUCCACCCCCACCCCGUUGUUCCCUCUCUAACUUCUGAUUGUUCUUUUAUUUUUAAUUAUUAUUCCCCCGUCCCUCCAAAAGAAAAAUAAUAAGGAAAAAUGGAAAGCAACUGAAACACUGGACUAUCCUAUGAGCGGUAGCAGGUGUAAUGAUGUGUUUUGACCAUUGCAGGCGAAUACCCAGGCAAUGGAGUGAAUGGAGUGUCUCUUAGAGUGAGGAGUGUGUGAUAGAGAAAGAGAGCGAGAGCGAGAGCGAGAGCGAGAGAGAGAGAGAUGGCAAGCACUGAGAUAAAUACCUGGCAAAACUAAAUCACUUACCAAAAAGGAAGAAAAUCCAGCAAACCAUGAUAAACACAAAAUGCGGCUUCCUCAUGCUCUGAGUUGGCACAUGCUGCUGUGUUUAUUUCUGUGGAUCCCCAUCAGGGAGGAGGGAAGAGAAAUAUCCAUUUUUUUUUUAUACAGGCAAGAUUUAACCACAUAAAUUUGCACUGCAAGAAAAUUGAAGUUUACAUGAACAAAUUCGUGAACAUAUUUUUCUUUUUCUCCCCACCAUUAAUUGUAGAAAGUUGCCGUUUUGGAUUUUGUUUUGCUUUGCUUUAUUCAGCGGACAGAGUUGAAGCCAGCUCCUGACCACUCUCCAUUUCCAGUGCUCUUGUGUUGCUCCUUGUUCUUACUGUCUGUGAACUAUGGUUAUCUUCAGAUCCCUCUUAUAUUUGUGUAAGAUGUAUUGUUCCUUUUACCAAAGCAACACGGUUGGCUUCGUGCAACAUGAGCAGUUAUCUGCUUUCAGGACAUGCCCAUGGUUUGCCCGCUUCAUCCAAGGCAAGAAUCCACUUUGGAAUAUAAAAAUAACAGUCAAGUAUUGGUUUUUGUUACCAGCCACAAAGUAAACUUCAUUUUCAGGCAGUGUUUCUGGGGUAGGUUAUGGAAGGGAGAAUCAAGAAAAAUCGAUAGUGAGUGACUGAUUGCUUCAUUUUAUCAGGCGGGCCCAUUGUGAAAGAGCUCAGAGGAAAUGUGGAGGUUAAAUAUAUUUCCAGAGUUGUCCAAUAGAAAGAAAGUGGCACUUUGAAGAGAACUGGGGAAAUAUAUAUAUAUAUAUCUUUGGAUGUCCCUGAAUAGUUCUCUGCUUUCAGUUUUAAUAACUUAAUUAUGAGCAAUUAUUUAUGCUGACAACAGCAAAUUAAACUUUGUUCCUCUAAUAAGUUUUUUUAAAAAAAAGCAAAAAGAAAAUAACCCAGGAACUUAAUAGGGUAUGCAGAGAGUGUGUUUCUUAGCACACAAAUACCUAUAUGCAUACAUAGAAUAUCUCCACUCAAUUUUGUCUUCACUGGCUCAUUUGUUUGUCAAGUCAUAGCCAAGGUCCCACACUGUCUUCUCCGGUACUUUAUUACAGAAAUACCGGUUUGACUUGGACAGAGCUUUCUCCUCCCUUCUUUCACUAAGGAAGCCAAAUGAAGUAGGGGGGAAAUACCAUUUUCAAUCCUUCCUUUCUCCCCUUUGUUAGUAGUUUUAAGUGCAUUUUUGACCUUACCUUGAUGGAAAGUGGUUAACUCCCAACACAAAAGACUCCACUGAGAAGUGUCUGUGAAAAAAACUUGUAACUGUAUUGAAUAUAAAUACCAUUAAACUGUGAUCAGUUAAUAUUAAAAAAUUAUCAGCACAAAAGGGCACUAAAAAGGGAAAACACUUUUUAUUAACCUUAAAAGUUUGUGUUUUUUUUUUUUCUGGUUAGGUAUUAGACAAAAUUUUAUUUUAAAGGUUGAAUUUUCACUACCAUAAAAUUAUGGUUCAGCAUCAGAUUAGCAUUGCACUCAGUAGUUAAGGUUUUAGGAAAUAUGCUUUAUACAGUAUUGUCUUUUCAAACACCUGUGAUUGUUUCAUUUCUAAUGUUUUUGCAAGAUAAAUGGUGACUUAUAAUGGGCAUAUUUAUUUGCCUGUAUUUCAUUUCCCCCAAUGAAUGUCACUAGGAGAUGGGCACUGAGCUGCUUGGGGGGCAUCACACAGCUUGUUCCUGAGUAGGGGAAGUAGGCUUUAGUGAAGCAAUCCAGAGCAGGGCAAAGAGCCAAUGGGAAAGGGAGGAAAUGAAUUUUCAGAUACUUAGUACCAAGUAGGUAAGGUCAGAAGCUGAGUUUAGGGGAUGUGUCUAUGGCUCCUCUAAAACUCUCCUAGGUUUACUCAGAUGAAAGUUACCUCUGAACCUUACCACUAUGUAUAUAUGUUUAAUAUCUGUCUUUUGAAAUGCAGAAAUAGUUUAAAUGUUCCUUUGUCUAUUUUUCUUUUUUUUAAUGCUACCCAGGGAAAUAUUUUCAUAUCAUUUUUAAGUGGCCUGCCUCAAUGUAUAUUUAUUUCUUUUGAAGCAAAAAGGUUCUGGAAACUGUUUUUCUGUAGCUUUAAAUGAGUAGGUGAGCAAAAUCUAUAUGGGAUGUAAUUUUUUUUGUUCAGUCUCUUUUAAAAAAUACUUUGUUUUGGUACAUUUGGUUGUGCUUGUGGGGAAAAUAAAAACGCAGAGAUCCUUAUAUAUUUAUGUUAAAGUAAUAUUUUAUUAUCUACAUAAAACAGAAAUGCACAAUACCUUCAUAGUUUGUUCUAAUUAUUGAAAUAUCUUUAUUUUAUUUUUAAAGAUAGUACCAAGUUUUAAGGGAGGGGGGGACCCUAGACCUUAUACUGACUGAGUUGAGUUGUGUGUAAAACACUUCCCUUCCUUUAUACUUCAUAAAGUUUUGGAAUAAAUUUUAUGCGUAUA